AUGUCAACGAUGGUGGAGCCUGUAGGUUUCAUCGAGGCCUGGAAGGCGCAGUUUCCGGAGUCGGAGCCUCCGAAGAUGGAGCUGAGGUCGGUGGGAGGCAUCGAGCAGGAGCUGGAGAAGUGCAAAGCGUCCAUCCGGAGGCUGGAGAUGGAGGUGAACAAAGAGCGCUUCCGGAUGAUCUACCUCCAGACGCUGCUGGCCAAAGAGAGGAAGAGUUAUGACCGGCAGCGCUGGGGCUUCAGGAAGGCGCAGAUGAACGAAGGAGGGGAUCCACAGGCGGGAGGUGGGCCUGACCCCCAGCACCCCCAGCAUUCACACGCUCAGGAGCCUGGACAAGGGGAGCGCAGCAGGUUCCAGCCUGUAGGAGGAGAGGCCAGGGUCAAACCGCGGCCUCCGCCAGCCAGGAAGUCUGCCUCGCAUGGGGACGGGCUGGAGCUACAAUCAGCCUUUGAGCACCACCAGCCAGGGCAGGGGAGUGAGACAGAUGGGCUUUCCCCAUCCAAGCAGAGGGGAGGGGUCUCCCCACGCAGGCCCCAUCCUCCUCCUGAAAAGGAGCUCCCCUCAGACCCGAAUCCCAAAGACAAGCCAGGCAUGGGACUCGGGGUGGCCGCGCUGCGCUCCAACUUCGAGAGGAUCAAGCGGGCCAACUCACACUCGGCCGGGGACGGCAAGGCAGCCCAGGAGAAGCAGCCUUUCUACACCAAUGUGGAGUUCCAUCACGAGAGGGGCCUGGUGCGAGUCAACGACCGCGAGGUUUCGGAAAAGAUCAGCUCCCUGGGUACGCAGGCCAUGCAGAUGGAGCGCAAGAGGUCCCUCCACUCACUACCGGGCAACCUGGCCACGGUGGCCGGCGAGCUGCGGGCCAGGCCGGUCUACAGGGGGCGCUCCAGCGAGAGCACUUGUGGCUAUGAUGCAGAGUGUGAAGACGGAGAACCCAACCCGCGGUCCAGCCGAGACGGUGCAGGUCGGCCCAAUGGAAACAAGCCUCCGCCUCCGCCGUGGCAGCCAUCGGACUUCCAGCCCUACAGCACCGUUUACGUCGGAGGCAUACCUGCUGAUGGUGGAGAUGGCAGGGUGACGAUGCGUGAGCAUGGAGGAGGUAAUGAUGACCUUCACCUCACCUGGCCACGGCGGUCCUACUCUCCUGGGAGUUUGGAGGACAUAGGGGGCGGAGGAGGUGGCGGCUACACGCCUGACUGCAGCUCCAACGAGAACCUCACAUCCAGCGAGGAGGACUUCUCGUCGGGCCAGUCGUCCAGCCACGUGUCGCCCAGCCCCACGGCGGCCUUCCGACGCCCCUUCCGGGAGAAGAGCCGCUCGCCCUCGCAGAACUCGCAGCACUCGCUGGACAGCAGCAGCCCCCCAACUCCGCAGUCCCAGAAAAGGCACAGGCAGCAGCAGCACGUGGUGGUCUCCGAGGCUACCAUCGUGGGCGUCCGCAAAACCGGACAGAUCUGGCCACACGGAGAUGGAGACUCCGCCCCCUCCAACCUCAGGGGCCCCCAUGACAACAGUUACCAUGGAGACCUUGACGGCCCGUUCACGGGCACUCCGCCUACAUACGGCUACGAUGCAGACCGGGCGGAGGAACAAAGACGUCAUCAUGACAUCCUGCCCUACAUCGACGAUUCGCCGUCCUCCUCGCCCUACCUCAGCUCCAAGAGCCGCAGCAGCAGAGACACGCUCUCCUCCGGCUCGCUCGAGUCCGCCAAGUCUGCGGAGCUGGACCUGGAGAAGGGGCUGGAGAUGAGGAAGUGGGUUUUAUCUGGAAUCCUGGCCAGCGAGGAGACUUAUCUCAGCCACCUGGAGGCUCUGUUACUGCCUAUGAAACCGCUGAAAGCUGCAGCCACCACGUCGCAACCGGUCCUGACCGUCCAGCAGAUCGAGACCAUCUUCUUCAAAGUGCCUGAGCUCUACGAGAUCCACAAAGAGUUCUACGACGGACUUCUGCCCAGAGUGCAGCAGUGGAGUCACCACCAGCGUGUGGGAGAUCUCUUCCAAAAACAAGCCAGUCAGCUGGGAGUGUACCGGGCCUUCGUGGACAACUAUGAACUGGCAGUGGAGACAGCAGAGAAGUGCUGCCAGGCCAACACCCAGUUUGCUGAGAUCUCUGAGAACCUGAAAGUCCGAAAUACCAAGGAGUGCAAAGACCAGACAGCCAAGUACUCGCUGGAAACUCUCCUUUAUAAGCCUGUGGACAGAGUGACCAGAAGCACACUAGUUUUACAUGACCUACUGAAGCACACCCCCUCCAGUCACCCGGACCACCCCCUUCUCCAGGAUGCUCUACGUAUCUCUCAGAACUUCCUGUCUAGCAUCAAUGAGGAGAGCACGCCGCGGCGCCAGUCCAUGACAGUGAAAAAGGGCGAGAAUCGGCAGCUGCUGAAGGACAGCUUCAUGGUGGAGCUGGUGGAGGGAGCGAGGAAGCUGCGACAUGUCUUCCUUUUCACUGACCUGCUGCUCUGUGCCAAGCUCAAGAAACAGAUCGGAGGGAAGAGCCAGCAGUACGACUGUAAGUGGUACAUCCCCCUGUCAGAUCUGACCUUCCAGGCGGCCGAGGAGACCGAGCCCCUCUCCAUACCGCAGGUCCCGGACGAAGAGCUGGACGCCAUUAAGAUCAAGAUUUCCUCCCUCAGGAGUGAGGUCCAGAGAGAGAAGAGAGCCAACAAAGGGUCAAAAGUCAUUGAGAGAUUGCGGAAAAAGCUGUCUGAACAGGAAUCCCUACUGCUGCUGACCUCCCCCAACAUGGCUCUCCGAGUGCACAACAGGAAUGGCAAGAGCUACACGUUCCUGAUCUCGUCCGACUACGAGCGUGCCGAGUGGAAGGACAUGAUACGGGAACAGCAGAAGAAAUGCUUUAAGACCUUCUCUCUGACCUCCAUGGAGCUACAGAUGCUCACCAACUCCUGCGUGAAACUCCAAACUGUCCACCACAUCCCUCUCACCAUCAACAAAGAAGAGGAUGAAUCUCCUGGACUGCACGGUUUCCUGAAUGUAAUCAUCCAUUCUGCCUCCGGACUCAAGCAGAGCUUAAAUUUGUAUUGCACAUUGGAGGUGGACUCGUUUGGCUUCUUUGUGAACAAAGCCAAGACGCGUGUGUACAGGUACACCACAGAACCCAAAUGGAAUGAGGAAUUUGAGAUUGAGCUGGAGGGAUCUCAGACUCUGAGGCUGCUUUGCUACGAGAAGAGCUACAAUAAAACCAAGACGAACAAAGAGGAUGUGGAGAGCACGGACCGCAUUAUUGGCAAAGGACAGAUUCCGCUGGACCCUCAGAUGCUUCAGGGUAAAGACUGGCAGAGAACGGUCAUUCCCAUGAAUGGGAUUGAGGUGAAGCUGUCCAUGAAGUUCACCAGCAGGGAAUUCAGCUUGAAGAGAAUGCCCUCAUGUAAACAAGCGGGCGUGUUUGGAGUGAAGAUCUCCACAGUGACCAAACGCGAGCGCUCGAAGGUGCCCUACAUCGUCAGGCAGUGUCUGGAGGAGAUCGAGAGGAGAGGAAUGGAGGAGGUCGGCAUCUACCGCGUCUCUGGAGUGGCUACGGACAUCCAGGCCCUCAAAAACGCCUUCGACACCAAUAAUAAGGAUGUGUCGGUAAUGAUGAGUGAGAUGGAUGUGAAUGCUAUCGCCGGGACACUGAAGCUCUACUUCCGCGAGCUUCCGGAGCCUCUGUUCACCGAUGAGCUGUAUCCUAAUUUUACUGGAGGCAUCGCCCUUUCAGACAGUGUGGCUAAAGAGAGUUGCAUGCUGAACCUGCUGCUGUCUCUACCUGAGCCCAACCUGGUCACUUUCCUCUUCUUACUGGAUCACCUGAAGAGGGUCGCGGAAAAGGAAGGCGUCAACAAGAUGUCUCUUCACAACCUGGCCACCGUGUUUGGGCCGACCCUGCUGCGCCCAGCGGAGAAAGACAGCAAAAUUCCUACCAACCCCACGCAGCCCAUCACCAUGGGCGACAGCUGGUCAUUGGAGGUCAUGUCACAGGUGCAAGUGUUGUUGUACUUCCUGCAGCUGGAGACCAUUCCCACACCAGACAGCAAGAGACAGAGCAUCCUCUUUUCCACGGAGGUGUAGACUGGGGGGGGGGUCCAGAAGCCUCUCCGACAACUCUUCACCCACUGCACCCUGGAUUGAGGGAAGAGGGAGAACCCUGCUGGACAGUAGCAGGAAUGAUUGGGCUCUCUCUUUUGUUCUCCUUACCGGUCACUAGAGGGCACUGCCGCCAUGGAUGACAAUACUAACUCUCUCUCCAGUGUAUCCUGACGCAGCUUAGUGUUUUUCUGAACGUUAGUCCUCUGCUCUGCCCCUUCGCUCUUCGGUCAGGAACUGCGUAGACUGUGGGCUUAAGGCCAGUGCUGUAUCCUCGUAUCCCUUAUCCCUUAC